GCUUGUUAACAUAACAAGAAAAAUAAUUAUCUUUUGCACUCUCUCUUAUAUUUAAAAAAGCUUAAUGAAAGUUAAUUGGAAAAACAACAGAAGAUAUUAAACAUGUUUUCUCUUAUAGACGAAACGUGACUUUCUGCUACACUCAGAGAUAUUUAAUGAUUAUUUAAACUAUUUCUUGGUAACGAUUUUGUACUGAAAAUAAUUUCUAAGGAAUGGCAUAAGUAGCCAUUAAAUGACUCUGAUAUUGAAGCAUUUCAUCAUUUGAACUUUAAACAAUUAGGCGACUAGUAAAAACGUACCAUAAAUUUGUUUUCAAUUUCUCCUUAAACGUUUAAACAGCCUUCUUGUAAGACAUUAGUCGAAUCAUAAGUAUUAUUUACAAUAAUUCUGUCUAAAUGUAAAUCUGUGUAAAUGUAAAUCUGUGUAAAUGUAAAUCUGUAUUUUAGGAUAAUAUAUCAAUUUAGGUUAGACACCAAUACUUAUAUUAUCCCGCUGUGUUUGCAAUCUUAAUGAUUAUUAGGUAAUUUUGAUCAUAACCCGCACAUUACAAACACAAUAAAAAUGUAAUAACUCCCAAAUGCGCGUAUUACUUUUAUUCUAGUACUUAAUUUAGUUAAUAAGGUCAAACUUAGUGGUAGACACUUGAUUUGAUCAGAAAAUUAUAUUUGCUUUGUACCUAAAUAACGACGGAACCCAACAAAAAGGGUUAAUUUGCGAACAAUUUACAGCACGGCUUUGUGCGAAGAAAUAAAAUGAAAUUGAACAUUCUAACCGAUUUGCUAAUUGGACAAUUGAAGAAAUUAACCCCUUGUAAAGCACAUUAUAGCACAUUUACGCUUUAACGUUUUCAGUGCUCACACAAAGAAGCAUGUUUCUAAAAAAGGUCAUAAAAUACACCAAGCGGUUAGAGGAUCCUAAAAAUCCUUUAUUGGGUCCAACUUUGAAGGGAUUGUAUUUAUUUGGCCUCUGGCAAACUGGGGGCAAAUUUCGAACGGUCGUUUACAAUUUGAUACAUCUAACAACAUUCUUUUUCGUAACAAGUCAAUUUGUCGAUCUUUAUUUCGUCAGGCACGAUAUUAAUAAAGUUUUGAACAAUAUGUCUCUUACUGUCCUCAGUGUUAUUUGUCUAGCAAAAUGUUUCUCCUACGUUUUUUGGCAGAGCGAAUGGAGGAAGCUCGCACAGUCCAUUUCUGAAGAAGAACUAAAAGAAAUAAAAAACGGAGAUCCUAUAAUCCUGAAGCAUAUGGAAGGCUAUACGAAGUAUACUAGGAUUAUAACAUACAUGUUUUGGACGAUGGUACUUAUAACAAAUUUCCUUUUAAUACUAACGCCCUUAUUGAAGUACGUAUCGUCGCAUUCUUACCGAGAAGAGAUAAGAAUGGGAACCGAACCGUUGCCACAGAUUCUGUGUUCUUGGUUUCCGUUUGAUAACGAAAGGAUGCCUGGAUAUUUGAUAAGCGUAAUUGUACACAUCAUUAUGGGAAGUCAAGGUUCUGGAGUGCUAGCUGUGUACGAUAUGAACGCUGUUGCUAUCAUGUCUUAUCUGAAAGGCCAGAUGAUUAUACUAAGGGAGAAAUGUAACAGCCUAUUUGACGAUGUAACUUCGACACAAGACGUGUUAGAUAGGAUCAAAGAGUGCCAUAGACAUCAUAAUGUCUUAUUGAAGCACUCUUCAGUUUUCAACUCUCUGCUAUCGCCCACCAUGUUUGUUUAUGUACUAAUGUGCUCCAUAACAAUUUGCGGUAGCGUGGUGCAAUUCAGUUCCAAAGAAGCUACUGCCUCGCAAAAGCUUUGGGUGUUUCAGUACACGUCUGGUUUAAUUUCACAACUGUUUUUGUACUGUUGGCAUAGCAAUGAAGUGACUCUUCAUAGUAAGCUUGUUGACAGAGGAAUCUACAGCAGUGAUUGGUGGAAGAGCAACGUGCGUGUGCGCAAACAACUCUUGCUAUUGGCUGGAAAACUAAAUCAUCCUCUGAUAUUAGAUGCUGGUCCAUACACUACGCUCUCUAUACCUACUUUUAUUGAAAUCAUGAAGGGCUCCUACAGUUUCUUCACUCUAUUCUCUCAAAUGCAAGAAAAUUGAAUUAACAAUACAAACAAUAUUUAUAUUUAAUUCAUUGAAACACACAAUUUAUUUAAUCUUAUUGAUGAAUACAUUUGCUUAUUUAAAUGCGAGGUGAACCGCUUAGCUAUCAGUUUAAAACAAUUAAUUCUUGUUUGUUAUUUUGUAAUUUCAUAUUCCCAAAUUUCGGGUCAACGUCACGUAGACUCGAGUAAAUAAAAUCUAAAUUGUAUUUAUAGAUAAACCACUGUAUGUAUUUAUAAAUAAAUUUGUUCGUACAAGCAAGUCAUUGUAAUAAAUGCAAGUGAAAACAACGAGUUUUUGAUCCCUUAGUCUCUGCAUGUUCAAUUAAAGGUGAUCUUAGUCGGAUCUUUGCGACAAAAUAAAUCUAUGCUAACAGAAUUCUGUCCUCACUUACGGCUAGACGUUUAUUCAUUAUUAUUGUACAGUAUAUAAUCAAACUAGCUUGUACCAGGGGCUUCGGCCGCGUUCCCGUGAGAUAAAAUCAAUUCAAACCCAAAUCAGCUCAUAUCCUGUCUGUAUACCAAAUUUCAUCAAAAUUCGUUCAGUAGUUUCAAUGUGAUUGACGGACAAAUAUCCAAACAAACUUAUUUGCACUUUUAUAAUAUUAUAGCGUGAUGAUUUUAAAAACCUUUAAGAAAAGAGCGCAAUACUUUGUCACCGUCCGCCAACGCACCUGUGACUCCUCUGGGACCUUAGUCUGCUAUUACAAUUGUGUCAGAAUGGUCGAUCACUGAUCAGUGCGAGAGGGAU